UUCCCACCUACAGUUUCAGGAGAACUUCACUCGGUCGUCCAUCCCUGUGUGAAGAAGAGUCGAGUUCUUCCUCCUCGAGUCCAGCAGGAUCGACAGCAGGCCUCCACGUUCAGAAAACUCAGAACAGAGCCGAAAGUUCAUCAGGAUCAGACAAUGAGGAUUGGAGUGGGGCUGUGUGUGCUGGGCCUGCUGUGCCUCCACAGCUCAGUCUUUGGGCAGGAUGUGGACGUCCAGCCGGGUGUCCUGAUCUUCUGUGAUGACCCAAGUGUGGAAAUGGCCAUCAACAGCGCCGUGUCCAAGUUCAAUGAACAGCUAAACAGCGGACACAAGCUGGCCGUCUAUCAGAUACUGUCAGCCAGCAAGUCAGAGAACGGCUCCGACUCGGUGUAUUCACUGCAGUUCACCAGCAGGAGGAGCAACUGCGCAGCGGGAAGUAGCAAACCCUGGACAGAAUGUGACUAUUUGCCAUCUGGACGCAAGGAGCCGAUUUCAUGCAACGCCACAGUCUACAUAACGGAGAUGGACGCUGACACCACACAGGUGGACUGUCUGGUUGAUGAUUACAUCGUUCCAGAGAGAGCUCAGUGUUUGGGCUGCCCGGUGGAGAUUGACGAGAACUCAGAGGACCUCAGGAAUCCUCUUUAUGCUGCCGUCUCCAGAUAUAACGCCAUCUCCGACUCUACUCACCUGUUCACCCUGCACAGUCUCGGCCUCGCCACCAGACAGGUGGUUGCAGGUUUCAGAUUCAAGCUGAGAUUUGAUUUGAGGAAGACCAAGUGCGCCAAGUCUGAACACCAAGAUCUCAAUGAGCUGUGCAUCCCUGAUGAAGAGAAUGUGGAGUUUGCUAACUGUAACUCCACAGUGGACGUAGCACCAUGGAGACACGAGCCCCCACAGGCCCAUGUGGAGUGUGAACCAGGUGCACUGCCUCCCAUGUUAUACACCAGACGCCGUCCUCCUGGCUGGUCUCCACUCAGGAACCUUCUGUACAAUGUUCCCUCAUCCUCCUCAUCCUCCUCAUCCUCCACAUCUUCACCUCCUCCUCCACCUCCACCUCCACCCUCACAAUCCCCCUCCCCAACUCCGACCAAAGAGGAGUCAUCUGAGGAGGACACCACGGCCUCCAAACCGUCUGCUGUGCCUAUCGUGACCGUAGAUGCUGUGAAUGACAACCCCUUCCACUGUCCGUCCAAGCCCUGGAAAGCUUUCAAUCCCACUCCGGCUGCAGCACCUACGAAGGCGUCUAUGGAGGUGGCCUCUCCACAGCCUACAGUGGAAGGAACCUUCAGUGACAAAGACCUGCUGGCAUAAAUCUUCUUUAUAUUAUAAAACAAAUCUCACUUGUCACGCUCUUCCAACAGAUUUUUUGUCUUUUUUUAAUUUUUUUUUUUUUCAGACAAGUUUUCUGUUACACUGAAGGGAUUUUUUUUUUUUUUUUUGAGGGAUCAUUUUCAGGUUUGUUAUCCAAAUUUAAAAUAAUUAAAGCAAAUGGUCAAUGCUAAUAAAAUAACCAGUAACUCCACAGAAAGCAGAGGAAAAAAGGACUGAAAUGACAGACCUCUAUACUUCUAGAGCUCUUACAUUAAUUGCUGGUUCAGUAUAAAACAGCAGCGUCAGUUCGGUAUCAGUUUCCUUUAAGUAAAUCUAGUUCAUGGGUGAUUAAGUUCCCCUAAAAGGGGCCACUGGAAAUCUGUCAUUCUCAAAGGGAAAACUCUGAAAUAAGAAAUAAAACUGUUCUGUUUGCUGGUUUUCUGUGUGAAUAUAAAUGCAGCUCAUCAAUAA